AUGUCUAGAAUUAAUCAGAUUUACUUGAAGUUUUUUCUACUUUUAGUUUAUUUACAGACUACAGAAUCUAGAGCAGGAGGUGGAGGUGGAGAUGAUAGCAGCAGUGAUUAUUUUUCAGACGACUCAAGUUCUUACGAUUCUAAUGAUGACGAUGCUAUGAUCGAGAUUUAUACCUUCAUUGGCGGUAUCUUUAUUUUCAUUAUUUUGGAUUGCACCACAAAUUACUUUAUUUACCAAAAAAUUGAUAAAAAACACAAAAAAAUGACGAAAAGACUAAAAAAUGCUAGCGAUUUUAUAUGAGAUGAAAACGAAAUAAUUUGAAACAUAAAACAAUCAUUUAUUGCACUACAAGAAGCAUGAUCUGACCAAGAUUUGGAUUUUAUUGAAAGAAGAUUAACGAAAAAACUGUUUAUUAAGUGAAGAAAUUUAUUAAUGGAGAUGAGAAAAAAGAAAGAAAAAAAUUUAGUCAGCGAUAUUGUAUAAUCCUUUGCAUAAAUUUCAUUUUGCUUAUUUAUGGUAAAUUGAUUUUAAAAUGUCAAAAAAAAUUUUAGCAUACCAUAGACUCAGUUUUAUAUGUAAUGACAUGUCAAAAUUUUUUGGACAUUUUUAAAAUCAAUUUACCAUAAAUAAGCAAAAUAAAAUAUUACCAAUACAUUAUAUAAUUUUUAGCAUUAUUCUAGGAAAUGUCCUGACGUGUGAAGACCCUCCCUCUAUAAUGCCAAAGCAUUAUAGUAAAUAAAAUAAGAUUUGUAAAAAUUGAAGAGAAAAAAAAGAGGUUUACAGUUUUUAUUGAUGCAAAAGUAAAAGAUGUGACUGUAAAUAUUCAUUCUGGAAAAGUUUUGAAAGAUCAAUCUGGUAAUUUUCGAGAGUUUUGGACUUAUGUAUGGGGUGCUGAUGCAUGGCUGCUUACUCCCCCCCCUCCGUGAGUGAACAAAAAAAUUUUGUUCACUCACGGAGGGGGUUAAUUUUUUUUUUUUUAAAAAAAAUUAUAUAUAAAUUUUAUAAAAAAAUAUUGUUUUUCGAAAUUUAAAAAAAUUCUAAUUCGCAAAAAUUGGAAAGCAAAUAUUAAUUUAAUUUAUAAAAUUUAUGUUUUUAAAAAGCAAUUCGUUUAAAAUUAAAUAGAAUUAGCUCUAGAUUUCAUUAUACUAAUUAUCAUUUAUAUAUUAAUUUUUUUUUCCAUAAAAAAUUUUUCUAUUAAAACAAUUUUUGUUCACUCACGGAGGGUGGGGUUUUUGGGCAAAAAAUAGGGAUUUUUCUUAUGAUUUUGUUCACUCACGGAGGGGAGGGGGGAGUUAGAGAAAUUAACCAAUUUAGUGAAAACAAAAAAUUCAUUUCAGAGUAG